AUGAAAGAAGCCUCAAUGAUCGAUGCAUUCGAUACGGCGGAUUUUAAUCCAGAACUAAUCCUGUCCAGUGUUUUUCUGGACCAUGGGCUAGACUUUGUUACCAAUAUUGACGAUCUAGGUGACAAUAUUAUAGCUUCUGAUCUGCUCCAGCAGUUGGGCAGUUCGGUAUUCUACACUGAAACGCCUAUUGCGACGAAUGUCAACAACAGUGCCAGCGCUGGACUUUGUGCCACCGUUACGCAGCAACAACCACAACCACAACCACCACAGCAUCAUCAUCAGCAAAUGUUAUCGCAACUACCACCAGCUCUGCAUCCAGCAAGAUCGCGUAUGACGAUUGAGAAACCCACCGACGAGAUGCGCUACGACACGACUUUCGGAAGUGAUUAUGCAAAGCCCCAGCUUGUUCCGUCUCUGCCACUUACAAUGCCGAUGCAACAACAGCAACAACAACAGUCUUGCAAAUGCGAAUUCUGCGAGUAUCUACAAGCCAAUCGGAUAUCUCUCACCGGUGAUCACUCCUUUCAGUGUGAGUUCUGUGGGGAAGGCUUCUCUAAUCAGACUAGCUUCAAUCGGCAUCGCUGCGGGGGAAUGGAUAUACAAAUAUACCGGUGUGAGACCUGUCGGCAGGAGUACGGUAGUUCCCGAGUCGUAUCGAGCAUUGGUAACUGCGAGCCUAGAGAUAAAUGUGAUAUUUGCAAUCGAAACAUCGUACAGUCGCUGCCAGAAGAACAGGCGGCUUACGGGCCCGCCUCGAUGGCAGCGGGCAGUUCUUCGAUAACACCACAAACUACGCCGGCAUCCAUGUCCGAUGGAACGAUCGAUGGAACAGUUUCAUUGCUGGUCACUUCUCCCGAGGUGUCAAACGAAAGCGUCAGCGAUCUGAGUGUCAACGUACGCUCUAUAGUGAAUAGUCCCAUCCAACAGCACGAUCUAAGCAGUAUCGAUCCAUUCGGAUCGGAUAGUGAAUGUUUGGGACAGUUCUUUGCAACUGAGGCAACGUCCACUUCACCCUGUACGGCUAGCACUACCGGUAACAUACAGUGCACACCCAUGCCAACGAGUGCCAACAUUGGGAAUCUUCUUCCCACCACUGCGCUUCACCAACCGGAGUCCGCAAAAACCUUCUUCGUGCUUGGCAACGUGGAACAAUUGCAACAGUUCAAUGCAGUAGCAUCAGCCACCGCGCAACAACAACAUCAACCCAGCAACGAU